CGGAGCCACACGGGGGGAGUUUCUCCUCAGCGCGGGCAGGUGGGGCCGCUCCGCCGCCCGCCCCGUCUCGCCUCGCCUCAGCCCCGCGGGGCAGCGCGGGCAGCCCGCGGCGCUCCCCGCCCGGCCGCUGCCCCUCGCCGGCAGCCGCCGCCAGCAGCAACAGGUCCGUGCCCGCUCCUCCCUCCUCCUGCCAGGCGAACAAAGGGGCCGAGCGCGGCCCCGCGCCCGCCCGGCCCCUCCGCCAGCCCGGCCCCUGCGCUUCAGCCAUUUGCCUCGCCUGGCACCGCGGCGCCGCUCGCAGCCGCCUUCCCGCUCCCGCUGCCUGGGCCGGGCGCCGCGGCCGCCGGAGCUGCCCCGGAGCGGCGCGGGGCUCGCCGGCCGCCGCCGAAAGGGGAACUACAUAUGAGGAACACUGAUACGAAGAGAACUUCCUGAAGGUCAUGCAAAGUCAAAUUUGGCUAGUGGGGAAUCGCCUUCCAGAAUAGACUGCAGCCUCAGCCUUCCACUGAAACAGUUGCACCAGGUGAUGGCCGCGCCGCGGCGGCCGGCAGCGCUCCGCACGGACCAGGCGCGGCGCCGGCGCAGGUAGCGCGGCUCCAUGGAGGGCAGCGGCGCGGCCCCGGAGGAGGAGGAGAGCGGGGUCGCGAACGGCGCUCCCCCCCCGCCGCCGCCGCCCACGCCGGCCGCCCCCUGCGGCUUCAGCUCCUCCCUCUGCUUCAGCGCCGCCGCUGCCGAGCCGCAGCCGCCCGCGGCCGGCGGCCGAGUGGUGCAGAACCAGUGGGAGAUCAACAACGCCGCCUGCCAGCCGGAGGAGGAGGAUGAGGACGUGGUGGGGCCGCGGGACCGGCCGCCGGAGGAGCCCGACCUGGUGAUCGAGGUGUCGGGCCGCCGUAUUCGGGCGCACAAGUCGGUGCUGGCGGCCAAGAGUGACUAUUUUCGUGCCCGCGCCUCACGGGACGUCCUGCGGGUGAAGGGGGUGAGCUACGGGGCGCUGCGGCUGCUCAUCGACUACGUGUACACGGCCCGCAUGGGCGAGGUGCGGCACGACAACCUGGCUGAGGUGGUGAGCGGCGCCCGCGUCCUGCAGAUGCCCUGUGCCCUGCACUGUGCCGCCGAGGCCAUGCGCGCCCAGCUCUGCCUCGGCAACUGCUACCAGCUCCUCUGCCUGGCCAAGAAGCAGCGGCUGGCGGAGCUGCGGGAGGCUGCCUAUCGCUUCAUGAGUGACCACUACCUGGAGGUGCUGCGGGAGCCCAGCGUUUACGGCCGCCUCAGUGGCGCUGAGCGGGACCUCAUCCUGCAGCAGCGCAUGGAUGCCGGCCGGCCCUGCUUGCUGGUGGCCGAGGUCAGCGACGCCUUCGAGCGGCCGGGUGGUGGCAGCCGGCCACAGAGCCGUGAGAGCAGUCGGCCACAGAGUCCCUCCUCCGUGGUGUCGCUGGAGGAGAGCGGCUCCCUCAUUCACUACUACCAGGAGGGCAGCGGUGAGUGGAGGGUGCUGACCCGCCUGCCCGAGGAGGCCAAUGCCAAGGGCUGUGCCAUGUGUGUCCUCCACAACUACCUCUUCCUUGCAGGGGGCAUUGUGACGGGGCCGGUGGGCAGCGAACCCAGGGCCCGCCUUUCCGACAAGGUUUUCUGCUACAACCCCCUGACUGACACCUGGAGCCAGGUGCGGCCGCUGGCUCAGCCCCGCUCGCAGCUCAAGCUGCUGGCCCUGGAUGGUUACCUCUAUGCUGUGGGGGGCGAGUGCCUCUUCACUGUGGAAAGGUACGACCCGCGGGCUGACCGCUGGAGCCCUGUGGCACCUCUGCCCAAGGGUGCCUUUGCUGUGGCUCACGAGGCCACCACUUGCAACGGAGAGAUCUAUGUGUCAGGAGGCUCCCUCUUCUACCGCCUGCUCAAAUAUGACCCCAAGCGUGACGAGUGGCAGGAGUGCCCUUACAACAGCAGCCGCCGGCGCUCUGCUGACAUGGUGGCCUUCAAGAGCUUCAUCUACCGCUUUGAUGUGAGCAGUGGCCGUGGUGGGGAGCAGGGCCCAGGCGGCGGCACGAGCGGUGGUGUUGAAGUUUUCCGGUACAACACAGUGGCCAAGUGCUGGAGCCAGUGUGCCAGCCUGCGGCCCAGCGGUGGCCCCAUCCAGCCCUUCCGCUGUGCCCCCUUGGGCAACACCAUCUACUGCGUCAACCGGACCGGCACCCUUCGCUUCAGCCUAGCCCAGGACGGUGAGGUGGAAGCAGAUGGUGGGCUCAAGGGAACUUUUGAUGGGGAGCUUCUUAAAGCUCCUUUGGAUGCCAAGGGUGUCCUCCUACCGUUCGUGCUUACCCUGCCUGAGAGGCUGGACAAAACAGGGGACCAGGAGGGCUCCCUCCCACUGUAAGGUGGCCAGCCUGCCUCUGGCUUCCUGAGAGGGGAGCUGGGUUGCAGAUCCACAAACUCCCAUCUAUGGAGGGGACCGUCUCUGUUGUGUCUGCAGAGAAAAGGGACUUCCCCUUUCCUCCUCUCUGCUCUCAAGAUGUUGAGCUGGUUUUAACUCAGUUGUAACUCUUCUCAUGUUUGCUGGGCUUUGUGUGAAAAGCCAAGCACACAAAAGUAAAAGCUGCUAUAAAGGAUAAUCUCUGGAUUAUGUUUGUGCCAAUCCCCAAUCUGAGAAAAACAUUUUUAAACUUGGAUUUCUAAAAUAUUCUUGACAACAGUGUCAUAAUGGGACGUUAGUGUUGGUUGUGUGUUUACACAUAGUUGCAAUCUGGGCUGGAGCCUUUUCUGUCAUUUGUGGUUUUUUCCCCUCUGGAUGAUACUGAGGGAUAAACAUUGCUGGCAACAUAGUUUAGCUGCAUUAAACCAACUAUUUCCUGUUUUUAAAAAGUAUAGGAAGAACAUCUCCAUCGCAGCCUUUCAUUUCUGGUGCAAUAGAUAGUUUAAGGAAGCUGUGGCACUGUAUUAGUCCCAGGAAUUUCAACCACAGAUGAUUUAACAGAUACCAAACUUAAUGUUUUAAGUAACACAAAUGUGAGCCACAUGUUUUGCUUGAAAUGCAAAGAAAAAAGAAAAAAAAAAGUCAAGUUACCUUUCUAAACUGUGGCAUUUUAUGGUAGUUAUGAAAUGUUGAUAUGUUCUUUAAUUGAAAAAGGCAGUGGUUUCUCUAUGAAAAGAUACUGUUUUAUUACUUUUCUUGAUCAGAGAUUUUGAAUUAAAAAUGAACUGAAACUGUUCAAAUUGCAACCAGUUGACAUGACCAUGUAUGUCACUAGAGCUGGGGAAAAACUUUGUACUUCAUAUGCUCUUUAAUUAACUGCGGGUCAAGGAAGGUUAACCUAAACCAACCUGUGGCAAAAGGCCUUUCCCACUUAUUUUCAAGACCAUCAAAAGGGGACAUGGAAAAUAGGAAUGUGCUACACAUAUUGAUUAUAUUGUGCACUAGCAUGAUGUUACUUCCCUGUCUUUUGAUUGAGAGAAUGCUUUAUUUAUUUUGAACUAAUGAUUGCUGUAAUCAAUAAGUCUUUGUUAAUUGCAGCACGUGCUGAUGGCAUACACUGUCAUUGUGAUUCUAAACUGCCCAAGAGUGCUGCUUGUGGGGCAGCAUCCAAAUGAGGCAAAACCAUACAAAACUUCUUCCUGCCUGUGGAAAGUUGGAGCACACUUUUUGUCAUGUUACUCAGAACUCGAAAACAUGAAAUGUCUACACAGACAGACUAUAUUGAGAAGGGCAUAUGCAUUUAUUUUAUGCAUUUUAUAUUAAAAAAAAAUAAGUAGACAAGGCAAAUGUUUUAGCUUUAGGUAAAUCACUGAGAAACCUUUUCUGAAAAAAGAACCUGUGUUUUUGCUGGUACAAUGCUGUAUAUUCAGCAUGGAACUCGCAGGGACUGUGGAAGAGAAUUGUUUAUACUCAAAGGUCUAGUAUAGAUUCAUAUUUUAGAAAGACAUAGGGACCUUGCAUCAGAAAAAGCAGAUCUUUUUUAUGUUUUAUUCAGAUGUUUUUGUUAAACAGGACUUUAGCAUUCUUACACAUAAUUGCUAGUUCCAAAGGAAGGCAGCAGGCUCUGUCCUACGAGACACCAUCUGUACAAAAGAGAAUAGUGAACUUCAUAGGUAAUUCUUUCCUUUUCUUUAUUUGGGUUUUUUUUUUCUCUUUUCAUUGUUGUUGCACAGGGUUUUUAAUGCAGCUGAUCUGGCUAGUCAUUCUAUAGGAAACAGUGGUCCAGUCAUAAAAGUUCUUAGCCAAGUGAGCCUGUUCCCUAGUGAGCUAAUUAAAGCAUCAGCCAGGCAGGAGCUGUAGGCCUGUGGAGUGUGACAUUUAUCUUAGCCUCAGUACAGGCUGGUGCAGUGGAAUUUAACAUCCUUCACAGAAUAUUUGAUUUAAUUCUCAGAUGAGAAUCCUUGGAAAUAUUUACUCUAGAUUAAAUUACAGCAUUGUAGCUUGAGCAGGAAAGAGAAAUUACAUGUUUGCUUUCAGCAUAAUUUUUAUGUUAACUGUAGAAAGUAUUUCAAGUUGUGUAAUGCAAGGCUUAGGUGCAUACUUCAACUAGAGAUGUAAGUGCUAGGCCAGAUUUUGAAAUAGUAGCAUCACCAGGAACACAAGGAAAUGUCUGUUUUAUCUUGCAAUACAAGGCAAUUUCAUAGUUCAAAGACUUACAUAGUAUAGUUCUUAUACUACAGUGUAGUGAGGUAUCAAGACAGGUUUUGCAUUACUAUUAAUGAAGCAUUUUCAUUCUGCUAAUGCAUGAAAAUGCUUCUAAAUGAAUUUUGGGAAGUUUCCUUGGUUUAAGAUGUGACAAUAAUCCACAAACUUUUGGGAUAGAAUGAACCAUAUCCUUUCUUCCAGUGUUUAUUGCUGUACACUAUGAAGAAAUACAUUUCUACAAUAAUAAGUGUUCAAAAAACCUGCAGUGGUUUGUGUUUUUGCUAGCUCCUGUUUUUAAAAAAAGUUGAAUCAAACGCUUACCUGCUUUCACUGUGUACACAGUGUCAGUGGGGAGAGUCUGGGCUUCAUUAGUAGCUGUCUAUCAAAUCUGUUUCCUUUGUACACUGUGUAGUCACAGCCUGAUGAUUAACAACAGAGGCGUGUUUCUAGCCAGAUUUCCUACUCUGUGGCCUCUGUUUCCUCCCUGGUAGGCCUGAGGCAGGUUUGCUGAGAAUUGUUUUCUCCCCCAGUUCUGUCUUCACAAAGAAACCCCCGCCCCCCCCGCCCCCAAACUAAAACCAUAAUUUAGAUAGUCUUCAGGCAUUUAAAGACUGAAAUUGUCAUUCCAGAAUCCUACAGUUUUACUUAAACCUAGCAACAACUGUCUUUUUGACUUGGGGAGCUGCUGAGCAGUUCCCCUCCACCCAUUUGGAACUGCUCAGAGCAGUUCCACACCUACCUACCAAGUGGGAUAUCCAGAAACCACUGAUGUAAUAGGGUUUAAUUUAGAUACAAACCAGAAGGCCAGGCCACCCUCAAGUUGUGUUUGCAUGUGUGUUUUGCUUUUAAAUCAGCCAUUUUCCCUGGAGUACCUGAAGUGUACCAUAUUUGCAUAGGAACACGGAGACCUGUGUGUGCUUUCUUAGCCUGCAAGCAAGCAUUCAGUCCACAUCUCCCACCCUCUGGUUGUCAAUGGACUAAAGGAACUCUUGGAGUUAGUCAAGGUAGUCAUCCUCACUGAGUGAUCUGAGACUAGCUAGAGGGACAUAGUCUGCCCUGCUGUCUUUCUUCCCCCUGAAUCUUACAGUCCUCCCAUUUUAAUGGGACAUGCAGGAGAUAGUUGCCCUAAUUUUUCAGGGAGUAAUUUUUUCCUCCCUAGACUACUCCUGUUUUCAAGGUAGUCUUCUAGAGAAUUUAGGCUUGAAUUCCCAUAAGCUUAGUGAGGACUGAACUGGGGCCUUGCAGUUUGUGUGUGUGUGUGCAUGUGUUCUCAAAUCUCUAUGGUUUUUCAGGAGAAGUACAUCAGGACCACCUCCUGCGGCUCUUCCUCAGGGGUGAGCUUCAUGCGAAUCCUCCAAAAGCUCACACACAAAGAUAGGCUCCUGUACACUGAGUUCUGAGUAGAUCCCAGGCCCCACCUCCUGGAUGGGUAAUUCAGCAUAGAUUUAGUACGAGUUGAUACAAUCAGAUGUGUUUUCUUUGGAAAGCUUUUGCAGACAGGCUCUGUGUUUUGGGUUACCAGUCUGAGGUGAGUUCCUCCAUGCGCUGUACUGGGUGGCCAAACAGGUAAUUUGAAUUCUUCUCAGGGGUGCCCCUUAGUCAAGAGGCAUUGCAGUCCCUAACAAUGAAAUGCCUAAAGCCUUCAUUGAACCUAAAACUAAAUCCUGAUUUCAAUAAAGAAAUGCUAUUAACAGAUGAAACUUUACUAUUUCUAUCUACUAACUGGUUCUGUAAAAUAGAAAUCUUAAUUGCAGCAAAAGCAUGUGUACAGAUUCUGUUUACACUUGAAACUAAGUCAAAAAAGUAAUUGGCAAAAGAAUAAUCCAGUUUGAUCAAAACUGGCACUGUUAAGCAACAUGGGGAGGAUGUUAAUCAUACCCUAGUAAUGGCUAAAAAUAUAGUUGAUGAUGUAAAUUCUAUCCACAGAAAGUUUCUUUGUAAAUAAAUACCUGGUAAAAUUUAAAGUGAUGAAAGAAUAAAUUACUCACAUGAAAGCCAUACCUCUCCUGUGCUGUUUGAUUGGCUCUCAGAGUGCUGUAUCUUAAUUACCAUUAUUCAUGAGUGACUAUUGCUUUUCCUGAUUUACAUCAUGUAUUCCGUUGACUGCUCCAUAAAUGUGUUAGCCUUCAUGAUCAUAAAACUUAACAGUGGUGCUGGUGCUUAGUGUCUGGACUGAUAUGUAGUGUUUUCUGCUGGAAUUAAUCCAGAUCUAGACAGAAUCCUACCUUUGGGCUUUUUUGUUUUUUCCCAGUAGCAUUGCUUAUGGGAAACUUAAGAAAGCAAAAGAAGGGGAAAUAGUAGUACUGUUGAGCCGUCAUAGUAAAACUCAUUUUAUUAAUUUGUCUUUUUUCUGCUGUUAUUUUGCAAACCAGAUUGGCACUGGUUUAGCAGAGCGGCUCUUUGGCUAUUACCAAUAGUAUGAGUCGGACUACUAUUGUAGCAAAGUAUGUUUUUACCUAUUUCCUGCCUCAGCUCCUACUCUGAGGUAAUGUAGUGCAAGUUUGUCAUAAUUCCAUGCAUUUACUAGGUUAAUGGAACUAGUCUGACUUUAUAUUACUGCUACUAAAAGCAGAGAUUGACACACAAGCUCCGUAAAAUUGUGCGCUCAGAGUAUGUGAGCACACAUGUUUCAUCUGGGUUGGCAUACUGAGAGCUGCUGGAAUGAACCCACUGGUAUUAGGAAUCAGCAGGAGUGCUGGUUUUGGCUGGGGUCAAGUUAAUUUUCUUCGCAGUAGCUGGUAUGGGGUUGUGUUUUGGAUUUCUGCUGAAAACUGUGCUGAUAAUAGAGAUGCUUUCGUUGUUGCUGAGCAGUGCUCACACAGAGCCAAAGCCUUUUCUGCUCCUCACCCCACCUCACCAGCAAGGAGGCAGUGGUGCACAAGAGCUUUGGAGGGGACACAUCUGAGACAGCUGACCCCAGGGAUAAUGCAGACCAUUUGUUGUCAUGCUCAGCAUAUAAAGUUGGGGGAAGAAAAAGGAAGGGAGGACAUUUGUAGUGAUGGAGUUUGUCUUCUAUGUGUGUUGGAGCACUGCUUCCCUGGGGAUGGCUGAACACCUACCUGCCCAUGGGAAGCCAUGUAUGAAUUCCUUGUUCUGGUUUGCUUGUAGGUGCAGCUUUUGCUUUGGUUAUUAAACUGUCUUUAUUUCAACCCUUGAGUUUUCUUGCUUUCCCCCUUCUGAUUCCCCCUUCUCCCAAAUCACUGGGAGGAGUGAGUGAGUGAGUGGCUGUGUGGGGCUGAGCUGCUGGUUGGGAUUAAACUGCAACAGCAUGCUAUUUUGGAGACUAACUUUCACAAAUUACUCAAAGGAAAGAAAUGAGAGUGAGGGAUAGGAGGGAAGAGAUGAAUUCAGAGUCAAAAGUACCUUCUGUAUAUCAAGUUGAAACAACUAGCCGGGAAGGGAAACUACAGUUGGUACUUGAAACAGUGAUGACUAUAGGGCCAGGUUUUUUUCAAAUAUUUCUUGAACAGGCUAGGUUUUUUUACCAAUUAUAUUGCUACUUCUUACCACUUUACACCUGCAAUCCUUCUCAAACCACCACAGUUUUUAAUAAGCUACCUUUUGCAGGAGUCUCUUGCUUUGCUUUCAAGUCUUAGUGGAUAAAUCCUUGACAAAUCUGUGGAAUCAUGAAAUAACAAUGUCGAUGCUGCCACUUUCAGCAGAUUAAUGCAAAUUCUUUAGACACUGUUCACAGUUCAGGUGAAUUAUAUGUGUAACUGAUGUAUUAAUAGUUUCAUUUUUGAAGCAUAUAUAGAUAAAGCUUUUUAUGUACUCCCAAUUUAUGUUGUAAUGAAAUAAAUACUUUAAAAACGCU